AUGAAAUCCUUAAGAAUUCUACUUCUCUUUGGUAUCAUCGGCAGUAUCAGUGCUCAGAUUUCGUUGAGCGAUAGUCUCGAUGAAAAAUUAAAACAGACGAAAAUCGAACUCGUGAAGCUCUAUCUUCGACAGGACCCACCAGCUCAAAGAAAAGUGUACGCAAAAUGGGAUCCGUCAGGAAUCGGUCCUUCGUUGCUAAUCCUCAACAAACAACGGCCUUUCAUCAUAAAUGCAUUCAACAAGAUACUCUUGAUAAUGAAAGAUCGGUUUAUAAUGUAUAUCGCUGAAGAUUCUUCCUCUAAUCGUACAUCGUCGCAAGAGAUAAUUCUAAACGUUAAUAAUGGUCCGAUUAAGUUCAUCAGGAGUAUCGUUUGGAGAAACACGCUCUAUCUACUCGUUUGUUACGAGAUCGGAACGUGCGAAGUGUACACGGGAACGAAUAAUUUGCAAUUAAAACAACGACAGACUAUUCAAUUCAAAGGAUACCCCAUGGAUGCUAGUUUCUUCAUUCGUGCUAAUAGACUUUAUCUCGUCGUGGCUGUUAACACUGGUCCAUACUAUGUACCUUCUUUAAUUUACCACUGGAGAGGAACGUAUAUGAGUGUAAUAGACGAACCGAUGACCAUCGGGGCGGUGUCGGUCACCACAUUUGAAUAUAAGCAAUCAACGAUUAUAGUUUUCGCGCAAUAUGGAAUCGGUUCCAUGGUAUAUAAAUUUACAGAAUCGAUCCCUUUGCACAAGAUACAGCUUCUGUCCACCUUCAAUCCGAUCGCGGUUUACCAAUAUAGUCACACAGGCGUUAAUUUCAUCUUACUGAUAAACGAAAUUGGACCGAGUAACUUGUUUUGGUGGGACGGACUUGAGUUUCUAAACUGGCAACAAGUGUCAGAAAUACGAAUGCCUAGUGUAGUGCACAUUGCGAACAUUGAUGACGACACCUUGUUCUUUGUCGGCCACGGUGAUAUUUUGCAAUUGUACAAAUUUGAAAACGCAUCGGAUUGCGUUCUGAUAAACACUAUGCGAUUACCUAAUGGGAAGAGCUUGAUCGACGUACAAACUCGAAUCAAUGAAUCCACGAUAAUUAUAGUAUUUAUCACCAUCGACCCGGAUCAAAUCUAUAGCGUGGAAAAAUGGGAAUUGAUUAUCGAAGAACUCCCUUCUGAGCAUUCGUCCAAGGAAAACGAUAUUUUGUUAAAACAAUUUGCAGAACUAGUCGAAACACUGCAACAAAGAAAACUCCUUAUAGAACAAGCUGAAGCUUCGUGGCCGCAUUUAUUACCAGCGAAUGAAAAUUUAACGAUAUCGGAACCACUGGUCGUACCUAAUUUGAAAUUGGAUUCAGGGAUCGUGGAAAAUAUCGAUAUCGUCGUAGAUGAAGAUAUAAUAGCCCCUUCUGAACUUGAAAAACGUUUGGAGAAACUUAUUUCAGAAGUAGAUAACGUUUUGAGAACAUCAGAGGAACUUUUAAUUUCGACUAAAAAUAAUUCUUUCACUGGCAAUGUUAACGUUACUGGUGACGCGUUCAUUAAACAACUGGAGAUUGAUAAGAUUUAUGUAAAUUAUUUGAACGAUAUCGAUAUUCGUCCCGACAGCUUACUGAAUUUAAAUAAAACCCAACAACCAUUAGCUGCAUUGAAGGAUAAGGACGUUAUUGUGGAGAAUCUCAAAGUAAAUUCUAUUUGUGGCAUUCCGUUUAAAUAUUGGGCUGUAAAAAAUGUUACAUCAAAGAUAGUGAUAGAUCCAGGAGAGAAUAGAAUUGAAUUUUCUGAUAACAUUGUGCGCUUUAAUACGAACGUAUCAUUAACAAAUUUGAACAUAAAAACGUUAAACGGUAUAAAUAUGAACGAACUCUUUAACGACCUGUUCAUUAUCAAUCGAAAUCAGAAAAUCAAAGGGAACGUUACCUAUGACAGUACAUUACACGUAAGUGACCUUACGGUGAAUACGUUGAAUGGCAAACCGUGGGAUAAUUAUAUGAAUAAAGUAACCAAUCAGACAUUUGACGAAUUUCUCAUAAAGAAGUUCCUAGUAGAAAAUUUGCGCGCAGGUUCGGUAAAUGAUGUUCCAGUUUCAGAAGCGGCACGAAUAUCCACCGAAAACGUAAUAAAAGGACAUGUGAACAUUGCGAAGUUACACGUAAAAAAUAAAUUCGUAGUCGAAUCAGACUUAAAACUAUCCGACUAUCCGUCGCAUCAGUUAUAUUCCAACGUCGUUAUACAGGGUAACAUGAAAAUAGGUACUCUUGAUUUAGACAAAUACUCAAAAAUCUUUGCGAAUGGUCAAGAGAUAAGCUUGAAGAACGUUCCUGACAAAUUCUGGACGAAAUCGACUGACCAAGUGAUCGAUAACGAUGUUGUAUUCGAAAAUAAAUUAGUCAUUGAUCACUUGGAGACAAAAUAUUUGAAUGGAUCUCUCGAUGAAGAAUUUUUGUACACUACCGCGACGAUUAUACCGGAGAGUUUUAAGGACCUGCACUUCGAGAACGUUCACGUCGACGGUAUGUUUUUCAUUCCCGGAGGAGAAAACGAUAGUUUCUACGAUAUCGCUCCGGAAUCGGUAACCAUCCGCGAGAGAUUGCAUCUAAAACACCUUCACGGAAACCACUUACUCAACAACGUAUACAAUGGCUUGUUUGUGGCCGAUAUUUUAAGUGGAAAGCAGCCGUAUAUCUUUCCGCAUCACGCGAGUUUCUCCGCGAUUCAAGCUGAGCAAUUAAACGUAGACGAAUUCAAUUUUCUCUUUUUCAACGGCCAGGAUAGGGUCAGUUUCUUUGAAAGCGCGAGGAAUUGUAGCCAGAGCGAUCAUAAAAAGAAAUUUAUGAAAGCUUCACAGUUCGAUGUGACAAAUCUUCAAGUUGAGAAGCUCAAUGAUCUCGAUAUGAAAAAACUUGCAUCGCUGAAGGAUUUGGAACCGACCGGCCUAAAAAAUUUGGUGAUCCAUGGUAAUCUAACAGUGAAUGUCGAUUUAAAAUUAGAUCGGAUCGACAAUCAAUCAUCGGCGGCUUAUUUGGAAAACAUGGCUAAAGAAAUUACCAUAUUUAAUCACAAAACGAUCAACGAACUAAUUGUACAGAACGUGACACUACAGUCUUUGAACGGGCGCGAGCCGAAUGAACUUUUCGAUAGUUUCCUUUCAAAAUCGAGAAAGCAAAAUAUAACUGGAAGAUUUUCUUUUUAUAACAUAAUUGCCGAUAAUGUUCAAACUGCAUGUAUCAAUGGUCAGGACAUCUCUAAACUUAUGUGGAUCGACGAGCCUUUAUUUAUAAAUGGAAACGUUACAUUCGAAGAUUUAUUCGUCGAUGGUGAUAUUAUAACGAAUACUUUAAAUAAUCGUGGCAUUAACGAGUUAUACGAGAAUAUGCGUAAUGUGUCAGUGUCAGAAAUCGCUGAUUUAAGAGUGGAUGGGAACGUGUUUUGGGACGUACCAUCUACGAGUCGCGAUUCCUUAACAUAUUUAUUCGAGAACGCAGUAACUAACGCGACAAAUCAAACUAUUCAAGGAGAAGUAAUCUUCCAAAAUGAUGUAUCAGCAUCGACGGUAUUUGCACAGUGGAAAGGAAUUGAAGAUAUCCGGGAUAUAAUUUCAGAUGCGGUGAUCGAUGACGGCGACGAUAUCGAAAUAGUUGGAGAAAAGAUAUUUAAAAACGACAUUCAUAUCGAUACUCUGGCUGUAAUCGAUAAUAUUGAUAUUCGCACCGUUAACAAUAUCGAUGUCCUCGCAUUUAAUCAAUCCGUAGCAAGGAAAGAUCGGAAUGAAACAAUAAAAGGACAUAUAACGUUCCUUAACGAAGUCGUUGUUAAUCGAAUUUUUGUCGACGAUCGAGUUCAUAAUAUUCCUUUAAAGGGAGUGGUUUUGGCAACAGAUAUACUACCUCCGCAAGUAGUUUUCAAAGAUCUUGUCAUACUGAAAGACGUGUAUUUGAAAAACUUGAAUGGUAUAAAUUUCGAUGAAUUUUUGAAAAAUCGUAUUACCAUCGAUGGAGACCACGAUAUUUUUGCUGAUGUGCAAUUUAGCAGUCCUGUUGAAAUAAUGGGAAAUGCAAAUGUUUCGCAAAUUAAUGGCAUCCAUUUAUCUGAUCUGGUCAUAAAUGGAACGACAGAGACGCAAAUAAUAUCCGGCUCGAAAAUCUUUGAAGAAGAUACUGUAGUGUACGGCAAUAUUCAUGCACCAUUUAUUAAUAAGGUAAACAUAUCAUCGGAAUACGCCAAUGGUGUACGAAACGACGAGGACGCAGAAAUUUUUGGAGACUUGCUGUUCGAAUCGAAAGUCAAAGUUACCGAAAACAUAACAGUUUCCAAUACAGUGAACAACAUAAAUUUGCAUACGAUUCUUCACGAUCUGGAAGAUGAAAUGCAUCGAACUCUCAAAGCGAUCAAACAGAAUGAGACCAAGAUCGAGGAAAGCAUAGCUCACUCCACACAGAUCAAACAAAGUCUUAGAAAUGUAUUCUCGUACUUGGAACCGGAAGAAGAACUACAAAUUCAAGCGCCUAAUGUUAAGAAGGUCGAUGUCGUCUAUUAUGAACAGAUCACAAAGCUAAACAUGUUUGGAGAAGAACCAGGUCCGCUUUGCGGGCUACCUGACAAUUGCUCUUGCCCGACUGAGUUCGUAGUCGAGUUGACUGACAAUGACUGUUACAUACGAAAAAUGAAUAGCACAAAUAUAAUUCGAAAUUAUCACGAACUGCAUAGUACAUUCGGUGUAAAUGUGAUAUCAAAUACGGUAUCAUACAGUCCUCUGUGUAGCCUAAACAAUACCGAGGAGGAAUUUACUAAAAUUUCAUGGAUGAAGACUGAAACGAUCAAUACUGGAGAUCACGUGGCAAACGUGAAUGAAAUAUCGAUGAUUCGUGGCUUCAUAAACGAUGCAAACGUUUUCAUAACACAUCAUGAUACUCACGCAGCUUUUAUAGUACUGGCAAUGUACUAUGAUCCGUUGCUGAGAACGCAUAAUACAGGAUCCUUGAUUUAUAAAAUCGAUUUGGAAAAAAAUGUUCUGUCUUUGCAUCAAAAUCUAUCAGCGGACGGUGCUUGGGCCGUUGAAGUUUUCGAAAUGAACCAUCGUGAAAUGUAUCUCAUUCUAGGUUGUUUCGGCGAAUCUCAAAAAUCCUUUUUGUACAAAUUAGAUCCUCUCAACUCGUUGGUAAGCUUCGUAAAGUAAAAAUACUCUUGAAUACAGAUAACAAUUGUUUUACAGUUCACAGAUGUGAGAAGUUUCGGGGGUAAGACGCGCAAUGUAAAAAGUCUGCAUCAAGAAAACGAUCACUUUGUACUAUUAGAUGAUUUUGAUACGAACGCCAUGAAUAUUUUUCAUUACGAUGAAAAGAUUGAUAAUUUUUAUGAUUACCAAAGCAUCUUUCAUGAUUCACGGAUCAAUGGAAUUGAGUGCUUCUACGCGGAUGAGUUUGGUCGAAGCGAUUCUUUUGUCAUCGUUACAACGGAGGACGAUCAGUUUUACAUUUAUGAAUAUAUGUUUGCAGAAAAAUUCCAACUAAGGGUACAUCAUCGAAUGGACGACCUCCAAACAAUGGUACCAUUCCAUCACAUGGGGAACCAUUAUAUUAUUACGGGCACAAGCGCAAACACUACGGUACUACGAAUCGUAAAACAAGGCCCUCAUUAAAAUCUUUCGAUAAUUUUAAAUCACUAAUUUUUUACGACUGUUA